UUAGUUCUUAUUGUAAAGACAGUGACGUCUUUGCUGGAGACGUGUGUGUAAACAUGAUAAAAAGGCUGAACCAAAAGUCAACAACAUGUUUACCUCCACAACACGCGCAGCUUUUUUAAAACGCAUUUGAAUUUGACUGAACUUUGUCAAACAUUCGAUAAAAACUUAUCUGAACUAGGGUUCUUCGUGUUUCUUCGUGUUUCUUAUGGUCAAUAAAUCACGUAAUAGACGCCCAUAAUUUCCCUAUCUUACAAAACUGAUCCAACUGUGUACACAGUGGCGAGAGAAAGUACGUAGCUUCUCGGCGAUUGGUCCAAUUUCCACUAUAUUAUUACCUUGAUAAAUAAUUGAUAUUUGCACUGGUCUGUGUCAAUAAUAAACUCUGUCCGUUCGUGCAAACAAACGAAUUUGAAAAAAAGUUGGAAUAUAAAAGGGCUACCACACUGGGCAUCCGUUCAGAAGGUGUUUGGUUCUCGCUGCUCGUUUAUUCCAAGCGAAUUGCUAAAUCAACCGUCAUGCGUUCACUCGUAUUACUUGCGUGGUGCUUCUGCCUGUUUGCAGCCGUUUCUUCACAGGGCGUGGGCACUCAGGCAGCUGAAGAGCCACUCAACUUGCCCAUCUCGGUCUGCACAGCUCCUGGAAAUUGCCAGACGGAAGCCGAUGCUGUCGUCCUCGACUCCAACUGGCGCUGGGCCCAUACGGUCGGCGGCUACACCAACUGCUACACCGGCAAUCUCUGGGACACUUCUCUCUGCCCGACUCCGGAAACUUGCACCACCAACUGCGAAAUUGAUGGAGUCCCGACGGCCGACUGGUCUGGAACUUAUGGCGGUAGCGUCACUGGUAAUAAACUCAAUUUGAAAUUCGUCACCCAAGGACCCUAUAGCAAGAACAUUGGUUCCAGGACCUACUUGCUCGACUCUUCCAAAAAUCGGUACCGCAUGUUCCAGCUUUUGAACAGAGAAUUCACUUAUGACGUCGAUGUUUCCUCAUUGGAUUGCGGAUUGAACGGAGCUCUCUAUUUCGUAUCCAUGGAUGCUGAUGGAGGAGCGUCCAAAUACUCUACCAACAAGGGCGGAGCCAAGUAUGGUACCGGCUACUGUGACGCCCAGUGCCCGCACGACAUCAAAUGGAUCAACGGAUUGGCCAACUCCAAGGACUGGGUCCCCAGCCCCAAUGAUGCCAACUCCGGCAAGGGAUAUUACGGCAACUGCUGCGCCGAGCUGGACAUUUGGGAGGCUAAUAAACAGAGCCAGGCUUUCACCACCCAUCCGUGCAUCCCCAACGACCAGACCCGAUGUGAAGGCGUCGUUUGUGGUGACAACGACUCCGGAGACAGAUACAACGGCAUGUGCGACAAGGACGGAUGCGAUUUCGCUUCGUACCGGAUGAACGACCACACCUUCUACGGACCCGGAAGUAGUUUCAAGUUGGAUUCCACCAAGCCUUUCACCGUUGUUUCCCAAUUCCUCACCACUGACGGCACCGACAACGGAGAUUUCAAGGAAUUCCGUCGUUUCUACGUCCAGAAUGGAGUGAGGAUUGAAAACUCCAAGGUGAACUUCCCUGGCAUCACUGCCUACGAUUCAAUCACCGACGAGAUGUGCGCUGCCACCAAGGGACUGUUUGGUGAUUUGGAUGACCACAAGAACAAGGGUGGCAUGAAACAGAUGGGCGAGGCCAUGAGAAAGGGCAUGGUGCUUGUCAUGUCCAUCUGGGAUGAUCACGAUGUCAACAUGCUAUGGUUGGAUAGCAACUACCCACCCACUGCAGAUCCCAGCACGCCCGGAGUCGCCCGUGGCCCGUGCCCGACCACUUCGGGUGUCCCGUCCGAAGUCGAAGUAACGCAAGCCAACGCUGUGAUUAGUUUCAGCAACAUCAAAUUCGGACCCAUCGGUUCUACUGUCUAAACUUGAAAAAAAGUUAGAGAGUUAGAGUUAAAGGAGAAAAAAAAUUUUUGAAAUUAGCUUUCUUUCUAUGCAUAUGAAAAAGAAAAUUCCAAAUAAAAUGAGCAUUCAAGAUUUUA